CUCGACUUAUGUGUCAAUUUGAGGGCCUGAGGCAGAGGGUGGCGGCCCAGCGCUGGAGUCCGCGAGUCGGGCUGGUGUGCCGCCAGGCGCGGGGCGUGCGGCGAGCAUAGCCGGCAGGAGCGCGCCCGGCAGCCGCCGCCGCCGCCGUCCCGUGCGCGGGCGGCAGGAUGGAGCUGAACUCUCUGCUGCUGCUGUUGGAGGCGGCCGAGUACCUGGAGCGUAGGGACCGAGAAGCCGAGCACGGCUACGCCUCCGUGCUGCCCUUCGACGGCGACUUCGCUAGGAAGAAAACAAAGACGGCCAGCCUGGUGCGCAAGGCCCCGAACAACAGGUCUUCACACAACGAACUAGAAAAGCACAGACGAGCUAAACUCAGGCUCUACCUGGAGCAGCUCAAGCAGCUGGUACCCCUGGGCCCUGACAGCACACGCCAUACUACUCUGAGCCUCCUGAAGCGUGCUAAGAUGCACAUCAAGAAACUGGAGGAGCAGGACCGCAGGGCACUGAGCAUCAAGGAGCAGCUUCAGCGGGAGCAUCGCUUCCUAAAGAGACGUUUGGAGCAGCUAUCGGUGCAAAGUGUAGAGCGCGUGCGCACAGACAGCACUGGUUCUGCUGUGUCCACAGACGACUCAGAGCAAGAGGUGGAUAUAGAGGGCAUGGAGUUUGGCCCUGGGGAGCUGGACAGUGUUGGCAGCAGCAGUGAUGCCGAUGACCACUACAGCCUACAGAGCAGUGGCUGCAGCGACAGCAGCUAUGGGCACCCUUGCAGGCGGCCUGGCUGCCCUGGCCUUUCGUAGGCUCCAUGUCUUUUGCUUCUCGGCCCACCUGCCUGCUCACCUAGCCAAGCGUCUCAGCCUUCCAGUCCUCCCUUGACUGAAGCCAGCCUCGUCAUGGGCCUACUGCUGUGCCAUUCUCGAAGCUACAGCUGCUGCCUGGUCUGCCUGCCUCUGCCUGCCCACCCUUCGGUCAGGACUCAAGUUGCCUGCCCCUUCUCCGCAGGGCAAGACCCCAUACAGGGAAGCAGGGUCAGGUUCUCACAUCCCGGAGCCCAGCGUAGCCACCCACAAUCUGUUCUCAGAUUCCUAAUCAUUCCAGAAGUAUUAAAUAUCAUUUCUACAAGUCUCGGCAGGAUCCGUGUAGGGGCCUUAAUGACCUCCAUGGGGAGCUUGAACCCCAACAUCGGAUCCCAGAAGAGAGGAGUGGACUGAGGGAAGGAAGGAAGGGAGGCAGGAAGGUGCUGCUGUCCAUCUAUCCAUCUGUCCAUCUACUUGUCAGUCCACACAGUUUGGACAAAGGGAUCUAUGAAGGGCUUGGAUGAACAUCUCCUUUUCCAUGGGGAUGCUCCUGGGGUCUGGCUAGACCCUCAAACCAAGUUGGGUGGCUUCUGAUCUUUUAGGACCAUCAGAUGUAUACACACAUACAUGCCUAGGCUCACACCGGCAAGCACAAAUGCACAUGGACGUCAGAGAAUGUAUGUUUUGAGAUAGUUGGCCUGAGGUCACUUGGAAACGGUGGCCCCUAACCUGUGCCUGCCUUUGACUCAGGCCCCUGCUCACCUGGGCGGGUCCCGACGGCUCUGCCGGGUCUGCACAGGAAGUAGAGAGGGCUUUUUUUCCUGCAGGGGACUGGAAUAAGCUGGGUGGCAAGCUGAAACCACUGGGUCCUCCAAGCUUUCUCAACUUCCUUUCUUAAGAAAAAAAAAGAAAAAAAAAAAAAAAAGUGUGACAGGGAGCUCCCAGAAGGGGCCUCACAAGCCCUGCCCAGGGCAGCCUCAGCUGGCAGAGGCUUUACCCAAAACACAAAACAGAAACAUUUUUAAAAAGAGAAAAAAGCUCUGAAGACUCGCCAAGGGACAUGAGUGUGUGCCGCCUCUAGUUCCUGUAUGAGAUUUUUGUACUCUAUUUUCCUAGCCAUUGUUGUGUCCUUGUUUGCUGAGGGGUGGGAGCGACCCAGCGUCUCAGGGACCCAUCCUCUGUCACAUCGUCAUAGUGUGCCUUGUGUUCCCUGUCUCACCCCACCCACUGCCACCAGCAUGCCCCUGUGGCUUAUGGGAUACACCAGGCCUCCUGGUAGGUGCCCCCUCACUGCUUCCCUACAGUAGCCCCUCCCGGCAGCUGCAGCCUCCUGGGAGGGACAUGUGCAUGCCUGUGUGGCUCCCAUGGCUGAUUCCUGUAUCCUGCAGGGCUCUGACAUGGCCUCCAGUGGUGCCUCCGUGGUAACUGGCAGGGUGGCUGUGCCUGAAAGUUUGGAGACAGCAGGCCCGCUAGCAUAGGGCCUUGUCUCUGGACCCUGGGCAAGGGCCUGGAGUGCUGACCAUGGGCAGCUUAUAAAUACACAGUUCUGGAAGUAGUGCAGGCCUGUCCAGGAGGCUUCUGUUGGCCUUUCAAUACUAGAAGACCUUGUUCUAGGAGCACCACACAGCAAUAUUUGGGUAGUGGCUACGGGCUGGCCCACAGCAGCACCUGCCACCUCCUCUGGUGCAUUUGUAAACAAUUUCCAAACUGUGGGGAAAUUGUUCAUUUUCAGUCAUGCCAAUGAGCAUUCUAGGGUGAGUGGCCUACUGAUAGGCAGAAUGAGGUUCCUGGACAAUUCUGGCAUAGAACCUGCUCUCUGGGCACUCAAAAUGACAGCUGGACAGCAGGCUUGGGUAGGAGUCCCUGGAAUAGAAAGAUAGCCAACAUCCUAGUAAGCUGGUUCUGUCAACAUUUUCUGCCUAAGCACGUCCCCUAGGCAUUUUUCUUGAGCACACCCACCCUUAUUACAGGACAGAGCUCUGUUUAAAGGCUUUGCUUCAGGGCCCCAGAACUCCAGGGCUCCUGAUGUGCCCUGAAUUCUUAUCAACUCCCUGCUCCAUCUCCAGCACCUCAGAUUCUGCUUCCACCCCUGACAGCAGAGUCCUCCACUCCCGGUGACGAGAUUGGCCCCCUUGGCUGAAUUUUGUGGCAGCUCAGCCCUUUGCCUUUUUAGGCUAUGGAUCCCAUGUAGCCUGGGAGUUGGCCUCCUCCGUCACCCAGGGGUGCUAGCCAGCUGCCCCUUCCACUAGCAGGCAUGUGAGGGGUGGUCCAUAGGUAUGGGAGCUGGUGCUAAGAGUUACAUAUCUAUUACUCCUUCUCCUGCUCUCUACCAUUUGCACAGUACGGCCAUUACUGGUAGCCACGGAUUCAGCCAAGGCUACGGUGUGUCUGUGGAAAGAAAGCUGGACCAAAAUAGCUGCUGCUAUGUCCUCCACCUGCACCUGUCCAUGCGAGCCAUGUGGUGCUCCAUAACAGAGUCUGGAACUCCAGGCUCAGGCUUGGGCCUAUUUACUAGUGGUCCAGAUGUACCAGACCCACUGUCCUGCUGCAGGCCCAGCUGGCCUAGCAGGAGAGGACGCAGAGGUUCUGUCUCUAUAUGGGCCCUAGGCCUGCCUCUGUAUUUCUAACCUGCAGGUGCUUGAGCUUGCCCUUCUAGGCAGAUGGAGUUGUGCACCAAACUGUGGCUGGACAACCCCUACCUUUCUGUGUGCCCCAAGCCUUCCCUGCCUCUGGUGGGUCAGCUAGCCUCUCACCCCUUGUGCCUGCACAGAGGGUCUUGAUCCCAGGCCAGCAAGCAAGUUCUCAGGCCUCUAAACUAGGGCACUAGGGCAGGUUCCGUGCCAGAGUCUGGGGCGACAACACAAGGGGCCUGGUGCCAGUGCAGUGGGUGUUGUGAGACCUGAGCUGCAGACUGGAAUGGGACCCCCAUCCCACCUGUCUAACAGAUGGGGCUGUGCUGUGUCAUUCUGUCAUUGUAAUAUAAAUACAGAUUUUUAUACCUCA